AAAGACUGCCACAGAGUAGGAGGAGGCUGCGUGUUAGUACACAGCCAAGCCCUGUCUGAUCGCUAUCUUUAGACAUUGGUCGGGCUCUUAAAUUCUGUUUGUGUGCCAACCAUUUAAAAUAAUUUAGGGGCUUGAACAAAACUAUAGAUUCAUGGGAAAUGAUGACACCAGCAAUACAACCACCGUUUUGUUGCACAACAAGGAGGAACUAGUUAGGUUUAAACCGAAUAUUUCUUUACACAUCUUUCUUUUAGUUUGUCUUUAAAAAAAAAAGUGAGCCCAAUUGUCGAUCUCUAAUUUAACAACAGGGAGGUUAGAGUUUUUUUUGUUUGUUUGUUUUGUUUUUAAAUAUGGAGACAAGAGGAGGGUACCCCAUGAAUGCAGGUAAUCCCAUGAAUUUAGGGGUUAACCCUAUGAAUCUUAUUAGCCCUAUGAAUUCGGGACAAGGUGGUCUUCGGAUCCCUCCUGCAAUGCAACAGAAUCUUGGAUAUCGUCUUAUGGCCAGCGGCGCCUCCCCGUACCACCAGCUAUGGCUAAGCCCUGGCUUCCUUGUCUUUUCAGCGGCAGGGAAUGCCCCCAGGUCGAGGUAUGCCAAUGCCAGGGAUGGGGCCUGUUCCUGGCCCUUCGUAUGGUUCAGGGAUGCCCAUGAGGCCUGGCAUGCUUCCGCAAGGGAUGGACCCCAUCCGAAAACGACUUCUUCAGCAGCAGCAGCAUCAUGGGAUGCAUAACCAGAGACGGGGAAUCAAGCGACGGAAAAUGGCAGACAAGAUACUUCCUCAAAGGAUUCGAGAGCUGGUUCCUGAAUCUCAGGCCUACAUGGACCUCCUUGCCUUUGAGCGCAAGCUCGACCAGACCAUCGCUCGCAAGCGCAUGGAGAUCCAGGAAGCUAUUAAAAAGCCUAUAACGCAAAAACGUAAGCUACGUAUCUACAUCUCCAACACCUAUACCCCUGCCAAACCAGAGGGGGACGAGGCAGAGAAGGUGGCUACAUGGGAGCUGCGCGUGGAAGGAAAGCUCCUGGAAGAUCCUGGAAAACAGAAGAGGAAGUUUUCUUCCUUCUUUAAGAGUUUGGUGAUUGAGCUGGACAAAGAACUGUACGGACCAGACAACCACCUAGUUGAGUGGCACCGGAUGCCUACAACCCAGGAAACGGACGGGUUUCAGGUGAAGAGACCUGGAGAUGUCAAUGUGAAGUGCACUGUCCUGUUAAUGCUGGACCACCAGCCCCCGCAGUACAAGCUGGACCCACGUCUGGCUCGUCUCCUGGGCGUUCACACCCAGACCCGUGCCAACAUCAUGCAGGCUCUGUGGCUGUACAUCAAGAACAACAAGCUGCAGGACAGCCACGAGAAGGAGCACAUCAACUGCAACCGCUACUUCAGACAGGUUUUUAACUGUAAUCGGAUGAGAUUCUCUGAAAUCCCGAUGAAGCUGGCUGGCCUUUUGCAGCAUCCAGACCCCAUCAUCAUCAAUCACAUGAUAAGCCAUGCCGAGUGUGUGGACCCCAACGACCAGAAGAAAACGGCUUGCUAUGACAUCGACGUGGAGGUGGACGACCCCUUGAAAGGUCAGAUGAGCAGCUUCCUGUCCUCGACCACCAACCAGCAGGAGAUCGCUGCUCUGGAAGUUAAGAUCCACGAGACCAUCGAGUCAAUAAAUCACUUGAAAACUCAGCGGGAUUUCAUGCUGAGCUUCAGUAACAACCCCCAGGAGUUCAUUCAGGACUGGCUGAAAUCCCAGUGCCAGGACCUCAAGCUGAUGACGGACACAGCUGGAAACCCAGAAGCGGAGAGAAGAACAGAGUUUUAUGAGGAGCCCUGGGCACAGGAGGCUGUCGGGAGAUACAUCUUCUCAAAGGUCCAGCAGCGCAGGCAAGAACUGGAACAAGUGCUUGGAAUCCGCCUCACCUAAAACUUGUUUUCUUAUAUAAUACAUGCCCUGUGGAAGCGCUGAAUUGAAAGCACAUCCCCUACCAGCAUUGGAAUUGACAGGGUCCACGCAAACACAUGGUGGUUUUAUCUAUAGGAUAAUCUAUAGGCUGACUGGAAGAUUUUUUAUAUCUUAUUUUUUCGUUUGGCAGUUGAAUGACAUGUUAAUGGGUCUUGCAUUAUUCUUUCUUUAUGCUAUGCAAUGGAAUUAUUUUUGUAUUUUAAAUAUUAUUCAUGUUUCUUUUCCAGAUGAAAUGCAAAGAUAAAAAUCUGAGCUAUGCUAUUAGGUAUCUGAGUAUUAAAUCUAAAUACAGCAAUUAUUGGAAAAUAUAAGGCAAUGCAAUAUUCCAUUUUUGAGUUUUGUGAAAUUGGCUAAAUGUUGUCUUGGUGAUGGGGGAUUGAGUUUGAUUGUGUGUGUUGUGGGUGGGGUUGAGGGGUGGUAUAUAAUAUUGCUGUUGGGCAGCUAAUCCAUAUGACAGAAUAGAGGGUAGAAAGAGGCAGAUUGGUGGCCAUGCUCUUUAUUUAAUAUUUUGUUUCUUUGUUUUAUAUGUAUUUGUCAUAUGAGUGUCCUUGGACCUUUCAUUCCAGUCAUAGUAUAUCCAUUUGUAUUUUAUAUGGGAUGGGAUUUGCCCAAUUCUACUAUUGUAGAAGAUGAAUAUAAAUUAAACCUUCAUAUGGAGUAUAGGAAAAAAAAGCAUAGGUGCCAAGACUUUGUUUGAUAACUUUAUACACCAAUGGAUUUGUCUAACAGUAUUGUUGUUUAAUACAGUUUAAUUAUAUCUAAGGGCAUGGGAAUAACACAGAUUAUUCAGGGUUUUUUUUUUUCUUGAAAUCGUAAUUUAGUUAAUGACAGCCGAGUUAAACUGUUGACUGUCUUAUAUUCUGGGCAUUCAAUUAGUGCUGUUGCAAAUAAGAUGUGUAUGUAUACAAGACGUGGAAGCCUUAAUGCUAGUACAAGUAUACCAUUCUUAUUACUGUUGUCCAAACAGUAUUGCCACCAGUGUGUUUUUUUCAGUGAGAAUAGGUUUACCAUAAAUAUAAGUCCAACAAUCACAAGGUGCUUGUGGUUCUUGGUUUUCAGCAGUUAAAACCUCAGAACAUGCUCUGCAAAUUAUCUUCUGCAAUCUUGUAGGCCUUAACAUUGAGGCUUUUUGAAAGGCCUUUUGUCAAGCUAAAUCUUUUACUUUUACAACAUUCCAAUUGUAAAAGCUGUUUGUUUAGUUGUAAUACUUAGCAUUGCUUCAAUUUGCACUAUGUGUUGGACAUGAUAUAUUCAAAACAGUAAAAUAAUUGCUGUGCUUGUCUUGUAUUUCAGGGUUGAUUUUUGGUGUUCUAGAUGUUGGUACAGAUGUAUUUAAAUUUGUAACCUGUUUAAUUCAUAGCGCUUGAUUAAGCCUUUUAAGAGCAUAGUAAAAUUUGCAUUAAAUAUAGUGCAAUUACAAUUUGAAUCUGGGUAAUAAAUACAAAAACAAAACCGUAUAGAUCUCUAGUUGAACCUUAUAGUAACCAUGGACUGUAUUUUACAAGGUGACUUGGCUUGUUUCAGUGGAAAUUACUGCACUGUAUAUAGGGUGAUUAAUAAUUUGUGCAAUUGUUGCAUUGUUUUCAGUUCCACCUAAUAUGUUGAGGUUGUUGAACAACCCUCUGCUGAGCAAACGGUGUGCCACACAGUCUCUGUUAUAGACAUUUGUUCCUUUGCAUAUUUCUGCGAUGGUCCAACGAUGUUGUGUGAAUUAUGAAGCACCCUGUAUGCAACAAUGACCACUAUGCAUGUCCCGGUAACCCUUUUUGUUUAGUGCACACUGAUGUGUGGUUUUCUGAAACCGCUAUAGUAACCAUAGUUUUGUCAAGUAUUAAUGUUCGUAGAUUUACAUUUUAUAGUUUAUUAUCUUAAGUAUCGCAUUACUACAAUUGUCUUUCAAGUUGCGAGUAGCCUUACAAAAGUUUACCAUAGUAAAUUUGCACAGUCAUUUCCCUUUUUUUUUUUUUUCUUCUAUGUAUUUACCAUAGUUUACCAUGGUUUGUUUUUUUUAAUAUGCUUACUGUAUCUCUCUGGGCUUUACAAUGCUUACCCAUACUUUGCCAUGCUUUUACUAUGGGAAACUAAAUAAAGGUAUUGCUGGUGUACUAGCACAUUCCACUUACCCUUUGCUUAUUAAAGGGUAAGCUUGUGCCUGCUUUUGUGUAGCUGGUUGAACAGUGAUGGUACUGGUGCCAACUGCAUCAAAUCGGAAUAGCACUUACAUUGUGUAACAAAUUAACUAAAGGUGAAUUAUAUAAAAAGCUUUAUAUAUUUUGUAAACCUGCUUCAACAAAAGGUAGGGUUUUGUAGGUAAUGCUUUGUAUAAUGUGAACAUGUAAGUCUCUUUGAUUUAAUACUGGGUGUGCACAAGAGCAUUACAUUGUUUCUUGUUUUUGUUGAAAGGUUAUACUGUUGCAGUACUUGGGCAGGCCCACAGACAAGCUGACCAAAAACAAACUAACAUUUCUAUGUGAUAACUACAGCUAGAGGGACAGAGACGUCUAAUUUAAUACUCAGCUGGGGUUAAUAUUUCUCAGACUUUUACCCAUUUAUACAGUUGGGUUUUUACUAGAGCAAUCUAGGUAAAGUACCUUGCUCAAGGGUACAGCAGCAGUGUUCCCCACCUGGGAUUGAACCCAUGACCCUCUGAUCUGGAAUACAGAGCCUUAACCACUACUCCACACUGCUGCCCCAAUUGUUAUAUGAGGGAGCAUGAACUGGAUGUUUAGAAGAAAACAUCUUUCUCCAGGCAAUGAUACCGAGUAAAACUUGAAAAGUAAAUCCCUAGUUUAGCUAUGCUGUGUGAUAUGUUGCAAUAUGGACAACAUGGGAUCCAACAAAAGUAGUGUUUCUUGUAAACACUGCAGGUGGUUUUGUAACAAUUUUAAAGGCUGGCAGUAGAAAGUGAAUGUGUGAAAACAGCUUUUGGUAGUUGCAAAACUAGAAACGGUAGGCAUCAGUGAGCCAUGUAUAGCCAUGAUUUUUAACUCAGGAAGCCUUCAAUAUGGCAGUGGUUUGGGAGCUGGCUAUCCAUAUGUCAUUGCUUUACCCAGUGUAUAUCAAUUAUACUAAAUCACAUGAGAGAAAUACUCUGCUAAGGGUUAGUCAAAAUUCUGUCUUUUCUUAGAUGUCACCCCGUGCAUUGAACAUAUGACACAAUUUUUAAAAAAAAAAAACACUUUUUGUGCACAGGGUGUCUUAUUACAAUGGAAAUCACUUUCCAGUUUGAGCUUCGCUCUGCUGUCCUAUAUCACCCAAAAUGCAUGAGAGGACCUCUCUUACAGCAAUGAGACACCUUCCACACAAACUACAUUUAAAGUACAGUUGAAUAAUAAAAUAUGGUAAUCCAUUAAUUUGCUGUCCUUUUAAAUCCAUAGUACAAUUCAUCUGUGCUGUGAAGUUGUUACCAGUUCUGCAAUGUUAACAAGAGUGCUUCUCUUUCCUGAAGUGUGUACUUUACAGUUUCUUGCCUGGAGACUUCAGUAUCUUUGUUGGAUUGAAAUAGGAAACAUAAACUUUCAGGAGAGGCUUUGUUGUGUAUUUAAUUCCACCUUGUCUUCUGAUGCUGUGUGUCAUCGGCUGAUGGGUUUAGUUCAAUGGAGCCCCAGCCCUAGCCUUUAUAAGUUACUCAAGGGGCACGGGGUAAAGCUGCUGAGCAAACGAAAGCAUGGUGUGACAGAGCUCCUUUUCAAUGUGAACAAUAGCAAUAAAUUACACCUUGACAGUCCUGUGGAAAAACAGUUUGUGUCCCAAAUGUGCUUUUAAUAAAGGGACUCUACCCAAGACUUUAAAGAGAUGUUUUCAGUUCUGUUUUGCAUAAUGUCUAUCUCAAAAGCCCUGUAUCAUGUUUCUGUAGAUUGCAUUAUUUUCCUGCCUUGCUUGGUGAAUCCCAGCAGAAACAUGUCCAACGGUAGAUUCAAAUAUCCUGUGUUGUUUCCCUUACCUUUUGUAUGUAGUUCUGAAAUAUGAUUCUUUUUCCUAGGUCUUUGUUAAGGCGCUUUUGACUGUGAGUGCACCAUCUGCUCUUCAGUUAUAAUUGCAUCCCAUGAUAUGUGAUGUAGGCUACCGUCUCUGUAUUGGGCUAGCACCAUCUAGUGCACAGCAGUCAUUUACCAGCAAAAAAAAAAAAAAAAAAAAAAAAAGCAACUUGAUUCAAAGAUUGCUCUUGGUGAUCUAGCAUGUAUUACAUAAAUCCAGGCAAUUCGGACUGAAGAGCAUAUCCUGAACUCAAGUGAAAACACUUAACUUGCAAGGAAAUUAUGCUAAAAUAUUAUAUAUCUAAUUCAAAUGCCUUGAACUACCAUCCUAUUUAUUAUCUUUAUUGGGAAACUACAGUAAGAACAGCCUAGAGCAUGUUAGAAGACAAUUUUUAUAUUACUGAAAGCCAACAUCUCUUACAUGAUUGUCUGUAGUAGUUGAAGAAUUAAUGGUUCAGUCUACAGCUCAUUGGAAAUGUUCAAAUGUUUUGUUAUUUGCAGGAGGGCGUGGAAAUGUUUUGUGUUAACGGUGCUCUUUUAAAAAAAUUGCAUGAUUUGUAUUGCAUUUGCUUUUUAUUAAAAAAAAUAUGAUGAUCAGUUGUGGUACAUUUCUAUAAAAAUAAAAUAAAACCUUUUUUUAUAGUUUUGCUGCAAGAGGCAACA